UCUUGUUCAAAAAAUGGAAUCUUCGGCGGGGCCAUCUUCGAGUUCUUCGGUACCUGCUGUGGCACCGAAAGGUGAGAAACGGCGCAGUGGAGGAACUACACUAGCCGAAAAAUCCUUGAAAUUCAUAUUAAUUGACGGGGAGAAAGCCAUAUGCAACAUCGAUUCCGGUAGUGCAUGCACGUAUAUUCAACGUAAACUCGACAUUAAUAACUUUGUGCGGCACUUUCGGACUCGUCAUUCCGAAAAAGCUGAUGCUGAGGGUAUGGCUAAAGAAGGAGAUCCGGCCGUUAGGAAACCGCGGCUUAUUGCAAAGCGUCCGGUAGCUAUUGAUAAGCGCCUACUAGUGGAAGUGGCAAUUAAGCUAGUUUCUUUCCAUAACCUCCCAGUAUCAUGUUUUGAGUGGGAAGGUAUGCGUCAGCUGUUUGAGCCUCUUUUGACUGCUGUAGGCAUGUCAAUGGAUACACGCAUCAUAAAGGGGCAUGUAACAACGGCUGCAGGACUUAUCAAAAACCUAAUUGCUGAAGAAAUGAGAGGAAUGUUGGUAUCGCUAAAAAUUGAUUCUGCAUCUCGUUUCAAUCGACAUGUUCUUGCCGUAUUGGCUCGAUAUGCAACUGAUGGAGUGAUUGUAUCUCGAACGCUGGGUGUACUCGAAGUGAAAGAAAGACAAACCGCGAGUUUCUUGAAAUCUCAGAUAAUGGCAGUCAUACAGAGCUACGGACUGUCCAUUGAUCAAAUAUUCUCCGUUACAUGUGAUAACGGAGCUAACAUGCUGGGUGCCGUACGUCAAUUGAAAAAGGAGUUGGAAUUCUCCUACCUCACCGAUGAUGCUUCGGACGAAGAAGACAGCCUAACAGAUGUAGAGUUCGUAGAAGGACAAGAAUCGUUGACAACUGCUUUAAGCGAUAAACUGCAAGAGAGUCUUAACUUGGUUCGUUGUGCAGUUCAUACAUUGCAAUUGGCUAUCCUUGAUGUAGUUAGUAAAUCGAAUGACGAUGUAAAAAAAUUGACAUUGGUUGCAAAGAAAUGCCGCUCGGUGAAAUAUGAUAAAUUAUUUGAGCUACAUGGUGCUCGUUACCCUCCAAUUUGGGGGCAGACACGUUGGGGAGGCAUCUACGAAAUGAUCAGCAAGUUCCUUGAACAACGACCAUUCUUCGAGAAGCUGGCAGAACAGUCUCAGGAACUAGACUUGACCGACAGCUGGCAGUUCGCAGAAAACUAUGAACAAGCAUUUAAACCAUUGUUUUUGUUGACGAAGGACAUGCAAGCAGAGCACGUUUCGCUAUCCGACUUUUAUCUCCAAUGGCUCAUUGCCACCAGAAAGGUUGAAAUGACCAAACCUAAUCCAUUCGCAUCCGAGCUAGUAGCUAGUAUGAGUAAACGCCUGAGCAAUUUGAAGCAAUCAAGAGCGUUCAAAAUGGCACUCUAUCUCGAUCCACGCCUGCACUACGCGGGUUCUUUAUUGUUCAAUAAUGAAGAGAAAGCGGAGAUACAGGGUUACAUCAUCGAAACAUUAAAUCGAAUUCAAGAGCUCCGAAAUACUGAUGCCAAAGCUCCCCAGAACAUGCCUGCAUCUAUUUACACCGAUGAGGCAGAUGAGUUCAUAACCCAGCUAUUUGGCACAUCGACGAUUGAAUCAACUGGAAAUGAUGGAGGGUUCCUUCAGCAACUCAAGGCUGUAGAGGUUGAGCCGCGGCGAAGCGUUAGUUUCGAUGUAUGGAAGUUUUGGGUCGAUCGGCGGCCAACCCACCCCUACUCAGUGCUGUAG